AGCUAUUCUAAACCACACCCAUACUGGCUCUCGUUGGCAUUUAGCAGCUACAGUCAAUGCCAAACAUCGUCGUCUUCGUCUUCUUCUCUUCUCUGAAACUCUCUCUCUAUAAAUAUAUUCUCUCUGUAUAUAUUAUCUCUUUCUAAAACGAAAACGUAAAAGUGAACAUGCAAAGACUAUUUGCUGCGAGGUCUCAAUGCUCUGCAAUUUUCAAAAAUCGGAGAAAGUGUGCUUCUUUUUCUACCGCUUUACUCUUCGAUGAUACUCAGAUUCAGUUUAAAGAAAGUGUUUCUCAGUUUGCACAAGAACACAUUGCCCCUCAUGCGUCAAAAAUAGACCACACAAAUUAUUUCCCUCAGGAGGUGAACUUAUGGAAACUCAUGGGAGAUUUUAAUCUUCAUGGAAUUACUGCACCAGAGGAAUAUGGAGGGCUUGGUCUUGGUUACUUGUAUCACUGUAUAGCUAUGGAAGAAAUAAGUCGUGCUUCAGGGUCUGUUGGUCUCUCAUAUGGUGCUCAUUCUAACCUGUGCAUCAAUCAAUUGGUGAGGCAUGGAAACCCUACUCAGAAACAGAAGUAUUUGCCAAAGCUUAUCAGUGGCGAGCAUGUGGGGGCUCUUGCAAUGAGUGAACCCAAUUCUGGUUCUGACGUUGUUAGCAUGAAGUGCAAGGCUGAUCGUGUAGAUGGGGGUUAUGUCUUAAACGGGAACAAGAUGUGGUGUACCAAUGGCCCAGUCGCUCAAACAUUGGUUGUUUAUGCAAAAACAGACAUAACAGCGGGCUCAAAAGGAAUUACAGCAUUCAUCAUUGAGAAGGGAACACCCGGGUUCAGUACUGCUCAGAAGUUAGACAAACUCGGCAUGCGAGGAAGUGAUACAUGUGAACUUGUCUUUGAGAAUUGCUUUGUUCCAGAAGAAAAUGUUCUUGGGCAGGAAGGAAAAGGUGUCUAUGUCAUGAUGUCCGGAUUGGAUUUGGAGAGGCUUGUUUUAGCAGCUGGACCCCUGGGCAUUAUGCAGGCAUGUAUGGAUGUUGUCCUUCCUUAUGUUCGACAGAGAGAGCAGUUUGGCCGUCCAAUUGGAGAGUUUCAGCUUAUACAGGGGAAAAUUGCUGACAUGUAUACUGCUUUGCAAUCAUCAAGGUCCUAUGUGUAUUCUGUUGCAAGGGAGUGUGACAAUGGAAAAGUUGACUCAAAGGAUUGUGCUGGAGUUAUACUCUGUACGGCUGAAAGAGCCACACAGGUAGCUUUGCAGGCUAUACAAUGCUUAGGCGGUAAUGGUUAUGUAAAUGAGUACUCAACUGGUCGUUUCCUUCGAGAUGCCAAACUAUAUGAGAUUGGAGCAGGGACUAGUGAGAUCAGAAGGAUGAUAAUUGGUCGUGCGCUAUUUAAGGAGCAGUGAGAGACUGAUGUCCAGUUGCUGAACUGCGAUAAUCCGCAAUACUCAAGCACUGUAUCCAGGAUACACCUGAUGUUGCAGUCAAUCAUUUAAGUUUACUUCACACACAUAUUUCGGAAUACAGAAUCAAGAAAGGUUUGAACCCAAAUGUACACUGGUUUAUCCAUGAUAGCAGAAAAAAUGGCUGACUUAAAUAGAUUGAUCUUCCUGGCAUUAGACGAGAACCAGAGUUUUCUUCUGGUGAUUAAGAAACUAAAUUGAGAAAUUGAAUUUCUUUUUUUCACUCUUGCUGGAAAAUCAUACUCAAUUUUAUGUACUCUAAAGUCUAAACCAUUGUCGGAAAUAAAAGAGAAGCCUUGUUUGGUGGUU